AUGCCCGAGAUUGAGCGUCGCCUCCCACGGCCAGCCACAUGUGAGGAAUGGAAUGAAGAAACCCAGACGACACUUCCGGACUCGCGAAUCACGGCGAAUGCUUCCUUGGGAAGGUCCGCGCAGGAGUUGAUAUCCAGACAAAAGGAUGUCAAAUUUCGAAAUAAUGGCGCCGAUUCUGGAUACGCGAGUCGAGCGGACACGGUGAGCACCGGGUCUACCAGCACAGGCCGGCGAAAGAUGCAUGGCCUGAGAGUGGAAACCGGCGCAGUUCCAGAGAGAGAGCCGCAGCCUUAUUCGAUGUCGCAUGUCGGUCCAUCGAAGGUAUCCACUCGACGCCAGUCCUUGUCGCAGGGCAAUGGCUCUGCAGUUGAUCCCCGACCGGCUAAGAGCAAACAAAACGUUCACGAGCCUGGCCUCUGCUGGAGCUGUGACCAGUACGGAAAGCAUAUCGAUAUGACCAGAGAGAUGUCUAGGGCAUCGAGCGCGGUGCCUCCACCACCUUCUCCAACCGCAGUUCGUCAGAGUGGGUUGAAGACCGUGAGAGACGAUGCCUCUCUGCCUGUCAAAGUCAGGCGACCUUCUUCGGCGCGACCGCCCAGACCCUUGAGUAUGGUCUCAGAUCAUGCAUCACCGGCACAUUAUGUCAACCAGGUCGUCUACGGAUCUCCAGCCGGUGCAACCCCCGGCUGGGCAACUCCGAUCAUGCCGUCCAUGCCAUACAGUCCAGUUUCUUGGUCAUACGGUCCCACGCCAAAUGCGAGCUCGUCGUAUACACCUUUCCCACCAGUGACGUCCUAUUUUGACCCUGCCAGCACUUCGGAACCAUACUCGGCCAAACCAAGCCGUCAGUCUAGCCCGGCACGACACCCAUCUGGAUACGGCGAGCCAGUGAUCCGGCAAGGCUACCACGAGCAUCCAGUGGCUACUUUAGAAAGAAUGACGCUGAGAGAUAGUCGACCGGUGAUUCCUUCACACAGAUCCAGUCACAGCAUUGAUCACGAUCGCGCGAUGAUGCCUCCUCCAGCAAAGCCAAGGCAACCUGAGGUCGGCAUGACGCGCAGACCAAGUACUAGGAGGGCAAGUACAUACCAUCCCGAGGAAGCGCCACCACGCCAGCGCUUCUCAUAUGAAGAAGACCGAUACGAUAGAGGUGACGAAGAGAGCGACUACCGAGAGGCUCGUACACCUCUAUCAACCGUACGCGAGCGUCGAGAGUCUCUGACUCACCCUCCAACGUCUUAUCGAGCGCCUGCGGUUGUUGAAGCUCGCGGUCGCCCUCCUUUGCCAAGGAAAUCGGCUUCAUGCUCCACGCCUGCGGGAUUGACUAAAGCGGAAUCAUCGAGACCUCCCACUACUGGUCGUCAUACUACGUUGCCGACGAUCCCCCUUGAGGACAAGGUGACGGCGGCUGAGGAAUAUCUUGACAGGAGCAGCAAAACAUCGAACGAGUUAACUGCGGAGGCUCUCCGCAACCUCAACCACCGCAAUUCAGCUUCCAGGUCCGAGGCAAGUAGCAGCUACAGCCACAAGAGUCGACACUCAUCGUCCAAGGAAUCGUCUGGGCUGGGGAAGAGUCAAGCAACCACUGCUACGAAGACCAGUAUUACUCUGCCAGGCGGGCUCAACAUGAGCAUACCUUCAGAUUAUAUGAAAAAAGAUGGCGGGCCCCUCAGCAUCAAGGUUGGCGGAUUUGUUGUGUCAGUGGGUGCUGAGGAGGUGGACUCCGUUGAACGACCCAGAGAACAUCGCCGCAUCGAGCGUGCACCGAGCGUCACAAGUCGCGCUUCGAAGAAAAGUGCUUCGAGUGGUAUUUCCAGUCGUGAGAAAGACCGUGAUCGAGAUGUUCCGCCUCAAUCAUCCAGGCGUCUAUCACAAGUUGAGGAGCGCGGUCCCAGUGCACGCUCAAGUCGCCAGCCCAGUCGAGCUCCAAGUACGACUGAACGCACAUACGAAUAUAGCCGGCGGCAGAGUGUCGACUAUAGCAAACCUUUUGAAGAAGUGAUGUAUGGUGCUUGA